AAGUGCAUAAACUUUUGGGAUUGACUGUAUAGCCAAUACAUCCUUAAAAGCGUUAAGAGAUUUUGUCAAGAAGUACCCCUUCAAGUUUUGCGAAAUUUUCGUUUUGGCUAAUAACUCCAAUCCGUGAGAAAAAAUGUAAAAGUUAGACGGUCGAUAACUUUGCAAUAAAUAAACAUAAACGGAUGACACUUCCGCCGUUCAAUGUGAAAAAGGCUCGUCUUUAAAAUGCAGUUUGAUUCAUCUUGAUCCGGCUUCCGGUUUCGGAGAUAUCGUCGCGUGAAGGCGAACAUAAUUUUGCUGCUGUCCUUGGCUGACCUACCCUAAUCUCUACCAAUCAGCAUAGACGCGUGCAAUUGGGUCACUAUCAAACACUGCGCCUAAAUUUUUCCCGCCUCCAUAUCUCCUAUUGAUUUAGAUCGUUUUCAAUCGGCAUGCUCUUAAUUAAGUUAAUCGUAAAUAAAAAACAUGCGUAUUACAUAUUUAUGAUAUUUGAAAUUUGCAACAAAAACGACUAAACAGCCUCAAUAAAGAUACGCUAUUUCGAUUAGGGUCGUUCUCGUUAAGACAUACACUGUCCAAUGUUACAUAGAGGAAUAUUGGAAUAAAUCAUACGACAGAUUACUCGCUACAGAUUGCUUAUCGCUUAGAUCGUGGGACAGAGACCAUGUUGUUUAUUACAAUAUUUUCGUCCAUAAUUAAUUAAUGGAUAGCCCGUUAUGUGCACGGUUUCUUUUGAAGUGUAGGAACGUUUACUCUAAAGCUAAACGACGUCGAAGCAAGUGCCGAAAAUGGCUUCGGAAGGAGGCUACUUUUAUAAGGAUGAGAUCGUACCGGAUUUUCAAACUCGUCAGAAAGCUGCGUUGGCAGGAAAAGAAUCCAUUCCCAACGACUUGUCGAAUAAGAUCGGCAUGCCAACUAUCAAUCCGAAAUCGAACGUGAAAAAGUAUUUAGUGGAAUGCGUGAGCUUGUCAUCGCUGCACGGCUUCAAUCAUCUGGUGGCACCGAACAGACAUCCAGUGGAGAGAUUCAUGUCGUUCCUGGUCAUCGCUGGAUGCCUGUCGUGCUUGAUCUUACUGUCGUCCAUCUUCUGGGAGCGGUACCAGAACGAGGCUAUAACGAUCGCCGUGAGUCUUGAUUUCGACCAGUUCAAACUACUGAAACUGUCUCUGUUCAUUUGCCCGGUGGACAACAUAGUACGGAGCAAAAUUCCAGAAGUAUUCAAAAGAUACGGCAUUGAACACACACCGGAAGCCGAGGAGUUCUUCACGUUCCUCAGUAACGUCUCUUACGAUAACGUACACGAGACGCCUUAUUACGACAAAUUCCCGGCGAAGAACUGGACGGAUGUCCUCUACGAUUUAAAGAAAGACAUUUCUCCGAACGUCCUGAACGUGAACGAUCCUCACGAGACUUGGGUAUGGACAGAAAGGGGUCUCUGUUUCGCGACGAGAAGCAUGACGGCGAAGUUCUACUCGAUGGAGAACUGGAGGAAGCAGAACAUGCCGCUGCAAGAUGGUCCAUUCAAUUUUCCAUACUAUCCAUCCGACAAUAAGAUUUUAGAGAAGUUUCGCGUAGAGCAUACGUCCAUGAUCAGCCUACUGGAUCCGUUGGAAUACCUGAUCUUCGAGACUCCAAGGAAUCUAGUAGAAUCAAAAAUGUUGCAUUCCGCGAUUGUACAGACAUAUAGAUCUGCAAUGCAUGUGUCCCUCAAAAGCCUCAGUGUCAGGCAGAGGGGAUGCAAAAUGAUAGUUGACGGGGGUUUACCAACGGUACCGUUCUAUACGGAAAGCGCGUGUUACGCGGAGUGUAGAAUGCGAGAGAUACUAAUGAAAUGUCAUUGCCGUCCACAUUUCGCUAAACCGAUCGACGGGCAGAUGACGUGCAGCGCGGCGGAACUUCGUUGUAUCGGUCGGAUCAAACACAAACUUUUCAUUGACGGCUUCGCACCCGAAUCCUGCGACUGUCUAGAAAAAUGCAACGAACAUGUAUACGUUCUCAAGCCCACUGCAAGCACCGCAAUGUAUUGUCCCUAUUACAUACUCGUUAUUCAAAUUAGGUACGAUGUUAUACGUGAAAUCUUUCUAAUGAAUUCUAGAGACAAUGCACCGAUUAACUCGACAGUCAUGACUUUGGAGAUCAAACGCCCGACCGUGAUUUACUCCCGGGAACUGUCGUACGACUUGUCCAGUUUUCUGUCUAGCAUUGGUGGAGCAGCAGGCCUGUUCAUGGGAGCCAGCGUGCUGUCUUUCGUCGAGCUGUUCUAUUUUGUCACGUUGCGUUUGUACUUUCGCACGAAAGAAUAUAUGGCGAAGAGGAUGGAGAAACUGAGUUUGUUCAAAUAUUUGAGGGGGCGAAAAUAACAACGCCUCGUUUAAAAAAUAUCGUUUGUUGUAAACAAGUUAAUUCUUUUCGACGAGCCACGAUGCAAAAUAAAUACUAUCACAUACACGUACGUUAUGUAUAACUGUACACGCGAGCCAAGCCCGCGCAAUGAUUGUACAAUGAUUUAUAAUACAUAGUUAUCGAAUACCGUUCA